AUGACCCAAACAUUCAAAAUCCUCAUUCUACCCGGCGAUGGCAUCGGCCCAGAAGUAAUGACCGAAGCCGUAAAGGUCCUCAAAGCUUUCGAAACACCGCAACGCAAGUUCGAACUACGCCAGGAACUGAUAGGAGGCUGCAGCAUAGACGCCCACGGCAAACCGGUAACAGACGAUGUCAAGCAAGCAGCACUAAACUCAGACGCAGUCCUAUUUGCCGCAGUAGGCGGACCAAAAUGGGACAAUGCGCGACGUGGACUCGAUGGUCCUGAAGGAGGUCUGCUGCAGCUACGGAAAGCAAUGGAUAUCUAUGCGAACCUGCGCCCGUGCUCAUCUACCUCGCCGAGUUCCUCUAUCGCUAAGGAGUUUAGUCCGUUUCGACAGGAUGUGAUUGAAGGGGUUGAUUUUGUAGUUGUGCGUGAGAAUUGUGGUGGAGCUUAUUUUGGUCGUAAGAUUGAAGAGGAGACAUACGCAAUGGACGAAUGGGGAUACUCUGAAGCCGAGAUCCAGCGUGUAACCCGUCUAUCGGCCGAAGUGGCGCUGCGACACAAUCCCCCCUGGCCAGUGAUUUCUCUCGACAAGGCGAAUGUGCUAGCCUCGUCGCGGCUCUGGCGCCGCGUAGUGGACAAAACUAUGACUGCCGAGUACCCGCAAGUCAAGCUGGUGCACCAGCUUGCCGACUCGGCAUCAUUGAUCCUGGCGACGAACCCGCGAUCUCUGAAUGGUGUUAUUCUGGCAGAUAAUACCUUUGGUGAUAUGAUUUCCGACCAAGCUGGGUCGAUUGUCGGCACCCUUGGUGUGUUGCCGAGUGCUAGUCUUAAUGGUCUUCCUGGCGAUAAGACACUAAAGACGAGACCAUAUGGACUAUAUGAGCCUACACAUGGGUCUGCUCCGACUAUUGCCGGGCAAAACAUCGCCAACCCUGUCGCGAUGAUCCUCUGUGUUGCGCUUAUGUUCCGUUACUCGCUGAGCAUGGAAGCAGAGGCUCAACGUGUGGAAGACGCUGUGCGGAAAGUGUUAGAUUCAGGACUGCGGACGCCUGAUUUGGGUGGCAAGGCUGGGACUAACGAAGUGGGUGAUGCGAUUGUAUCUGCAGUCUCUAAAGACUCGAGCUCGACCCUCAAUAUGCCAACCAAAGAGCGAGAAACGCCUCCACCAACUCCCAACCCAGAAAAACUAGAACGAUCACCGACACCACCAGCCAUCGAGCGAACAGCACCAUUCCUCCAACCAGCAUCACCACCCGUCCGCCCAACAUCAACAGAGCAACCCACCUGGGCCGGAUCCUGCACCCUCCGCCUCGAAAACCUCGAAGCCCAAACCUCCAAAACAAAAAAAGAGCUAAUGCGCUCAAUCGCCCAAGACAUCUGCGCAACAUUCACGUGCAUAGCCAAGCACGCGGAAGCAGGAAACCUAGAAGACCAACACACAGAUGUAAUCGACAACGUGAUCAAGAUGAUCCGCGAUACAGACGUGAAAUCACGACACCGACUGGAGAAACGGGGACGCCGCUUGCGGAAGGAGCGAGAUUGGCUACGGAUGAAACAUCGCAAGAUGGGUCGGGAGAUUGAUGAGUUCUCGUUGUUGUAUCGCAAGAAAGUGCGGGAUUUGAUAGUUGCGUUGCGGGAGCAAAAUCACGAGGUGGAACAGUUACGGGCGGAGAGGGAGUUGUUGCUGGCGAAGAUACAUGAGGAUAGUGCUCUCGCUAGUGAUGCUGUUGAUAAGGAGACUGAUGUUGAUGGAGAGUUUGAGAUUGAUACGGAGAAGGUGUGA